CUAUCGUUUCGCGCGUUAUUCAGACAAGAUGGCGACAUUGUAGACGUCGUUUUGAGGAGAAGAAGCGGGACUUCGCGGCAAGUUUGCGUUCCAGAAUCGUUUACGACGCAGUUGAGUGUACGAAUCAUCCGUUUAAUCCCGUUAUCGAUCACGCGACCGCCCGGCAACUCCCGGUGAACACCGAUCAGCCUUGCGGAACCGCGGCAUCAUGUCGGACGAGAAGGAAACAAAGACGGAGUCGGAGCACAUAAACUUGAAAGUGCUGGGUCAGGACAACGCAGUAGUUCAGUUUAAAAUUAAGAAACAUACACCCUUACGGAAAUUAAUGAAUGCAUACUGUGACCGUGUAGGCUUGGCGAUAGCAGCAGUAAGAUUUAGGUUCGAUGGACAGCCCAUAAACGAAUUAGACACACCUACCUCACUGGAAAUGGAAGAGGGAGACACAAUAGAGGUGUAUCAACAGCAAACUGGUGGUUUUUCGUGUUGAGAUGCAAUGCAUCGCGUUUACAAAUGGACAAAAUGAAAUUUAUCGUUCCAGCAGUGUUUACAUUUAACAGAAGAGGCUCACAUUGGAGUGGGGCCCGUUUAACCACGCGAUUGACCACAGCUACUUAUAGCGCUCGUAAAGCAGCAGAAAAACUCCAGGCAUCAGCCGCUGUGAGUGUUUGUGGUCAAUCACAAUGUGUCAAACAGGAUCAUGCUUCCGCGCAUUGUGCCGUUGGUUGAAGUCUCUAUUUAUCGAAACGGCCGUUUACUAUAAGUUUUAAUAAUUAACACAAACACAUACGAAUAGAAUCGGUUUAAUAUGAAAAUGUGAGUUUUUGUUACUGCUGAAAAAGAAAGAAGCGAAACAUAAUAAGUUAUGUAAAGGAACACCCAUUACACUCCUCGUCAUCAAAAUCCUUUAAAAAUCUCAAGAUUCCCUGUGUACACGGAUUUUUUACGUAAAUUUAACAUUGCAAUGAUUAAAAGCAUUCUCAUCUUUAGGUAUCCUCUUUCUAUAUUUGUAAAGGGUGUACAGGAAAAUGGUGUUUAGGGCAUACAUUUUUAUUAAUGAGUAAGACUAUAAGAUUUCGGCUUCCGUUUGCGUUUCACAAAAAUCAAAUUUUGUAUCCGUACCGUCAUUACAAUUUCAGCAUGGCCACACAUGUUACUUUUUGUAUGAGCGAUAUAAAUUGCGAGUUAUCUUUUGUAAAGAAAAAAAAAUCUUUUAACUUUUGGCAAGCGGCUCCACGCCAUUCUUGAUGAGGGCAUAUUGCAUAGCGUACUUAGCAAGGAGGAUUGUUAUAAGAUAAUUCGUAUUUUUCUUUAAGAAACAUAUAUAUAUAUAUAUUUUUGUCAAGAUUUAAAUAUUGCUAAUGUAAAAUGUAUUCCGAAUACAGUUUAUUAUGUUCGCUAAGUGUAAGUUUUACAUAAUUGUAAAAUACAUGUAUUUAAAGUG